AUGAGAAGGAUUCAGACUUCUGGCAAGCUCGUCGAGAAUGACGAGCGAGCUCACGGUGGCGGCGCCUUCUCCGGAAAGGACCCGACCAAGGUGGACCGAUCUGCGGUCUACGCCGCCGGAUGGGUCGCCAAGUCCUUGGUCAAGGCCGGGAUCUGUAGUCCGACAAGAAUGUUUUUCAGCUGAAUAGUAUUCAUAAUUUAUCCAAUAUCUUCAUUUCGAAGUUUUGUGUUUGCGAAACGUUUUCGACAAAAAAAAAAUACGAUUCAAAAGAAUUUGCGCUUUUCUAUAACAGUGGUUCAUCGGGAGAAGUGAAACGCUUUGGCUAUUGCCUAGAGAUUAUCGGAAAAAUUAGGUUGACUUUAUCAAAAAAGCAAGAAAAAAAAAUCAACUCUCUCCUCAGAAGAACUGGCAUUGAAAGUCAGUGCAAAAAGUGAUAUCAACGCUUUUUUGAGCUCAAAGAUACAGUUUUAUCUUCUUGCCAAGAAAAAAACCGUGGAUUUUGAAAUCCAUGAGCUCUUGUUCUCCUACCUCUGAAAACAUUUUUUCCCAGUUUUGUGAACCCAGCUCUGCGGACGCAUCUAAAGCGAGAGGUGGGCCGAAAAUAGACCAAAGAAAUGUCCAGCUACUUCAAAGGCGAUCUCGCCGCCAGUCAGACGUUUCUCAGCUCGUUCAAGGUUUUUCCCUUGAAGCAUCUGCAUUUUGAGUAAACGAUUUCUAGGUGCGCAAGGAGCUGAGGAUCACGGACAAUCUCAUCAGAAUCUUCAUCGGCUUUGAAAAACUGGACGACUUGGUCGCCGAUCUCAACCAAGCGCUCAAGCUCGCCAUCUCCCAACGUUUUUGUCUGAGAACCGAAAGAAACUAAAUUCAUCGAUGUCUUUUUUCUGUACACUGUUAGAGGUGCAGUGUCACCAUUUUUCUAUUCUAUUUCUUUUGUCUAUUCGAUUUACGUGAUUUUGGAUAAAAGCCGCUUUCGCUUGGCACUUUUGAACUGCUAAUCUCUUUCUUUAGAAUCAUAAUAAAGAAAAUAAAUAUGAAUUUAUGGAAAAUUUUGAAUUAGAGUUGGAAAACAUCAAGAAAAAAUUAAAGUUUGAAAACUUUUAAACAUAAUCUCAAAGGGUGCUUCUUACAGGAUAUCGGACAUUUGACAUGGUUUCUAUAACAGGCAAUUUACAAUUCACUCCUCCUCCUCUUGAAGUUUCUUCAGCUCUUCAAUCACAUGUUUCUGGAUGCUGGCGAGCUGCUUCAUUGCCUCCGGCGACAAGUUUCCAUCCUCGUCCGCCGUUUUGUGAACGUCUUGAAGUCGGUGCCAAGCCCGCACCAGGAUCCGUUUUCGAGCCGCGGCCUUGUCGAAAUAACUGUAACUCGCAAGAUAAGGUACGUGAAAGAAAGGUUUACGAAGCUUCAUUAAUAUUGAGGGAUCAAUACAUUUGAUCUAUCAAGUUCUUCAAAGAUUGGUUUGCGAACUCUAGUGCAUUACACGUAUUGCGGAUGAGUGCCAAUUUUAAAUGGAGCUUUUUGAAUUGAGGCCUACACUCAGAAGUUCAACCGGGCAUUCAAAUUUUCUUUGAAAAUUUAAAGGAUACAAAAAGAGUUGAGCAUUUUAAUUUUUUAACAGAGAAUUGUUCUAAACACGACUUGAGAAAAUUGUGAUGCUAAAAUUCUUCAAUUACGGAUCCUUUUUUUUUUAAACGGGUGGACUCUUGCUAACUUUACAAUCUUUCCAAAAAGUUUUAGAAAAAAUUCGCUUAUCUUUAUGCUAGCUGUAAAUUACAGUAGUGCGUCAAAAAAUCGCGCCUGUCAUACCAAGAAGACACUUUUCCGCCUAGGCGAGAACGAGGUGUGAGUUGUAAAUUUUGUCUUUUCAUGAUCAGCGCAGUGACCUCGGAACCAUAUGACACAAAAAUAACAACUUUCUCAUUUUUUUCAUUCUGAUUUUUGGAAUUUUCAACUAAAAAAAUAAAAACUAAACUGAGCCCCUCUUUUUUUGUUUGAAAAAAUAUAUUUUUUUCUAGAAUUUUUCUUUCAAGUGCUAAAAAAAUGUAUUCAACUUUACUAAAAAAACUAUAUACCAAGAUUUUUUUCCGCUUGAAUUUGGGUAGCGAGUGACUUGGCGUGAUCAACCACGGAAUCGGGAAAAGUAGACAUUUCAACGAUUUCAAAUCCUGAAAAAUUUUUACUUGGAAAAAAAUUAUAAUUUUUCAAAAAUCAAACGAGGUCCGCUUCAAAAAUAAUAAUAUAUAUUUAAUUUUUUUAAUUGCACUGAGAUCUCUAUAUCUAAUUUUUACUUUUAUUGAGAUUUCGAUGAAGCUGUCAAAAGAGUGAAUAAAAAAACGCCUCAAACCAGCUAAUCCCAAAUUUUUGAAAUGAAAGUUAUUCAAUGUUUUUCUUUUUUUGACAAUAACCAUUAAAAAAAAUAUAAUUUUUCUCAGUUUUUUUCAUAAUUUCGCUCACUUCCUUUAUUUCAAACCCCAAGGAAAAUCGUGGUUUCAGCAGUUUUUAUCUCAAUUAUCAAUUAUUCUUUUCUUUUUGAAACAUGAUUCCUUUAAAAUUGUCCACAGAUUAUGUUCUUCUGAGUAGAACUUUGUAAGAUCGAUAAAAAAAAAAUAGAGCAACUAAGACUCCGCCCACAACCAUAAAAGAUUUUUGUAAGGGGGCGGACUCGGACUCGGACUCGACGAGCUCAUUCACUUAACCGUCUUGCUGUUCUCUAGUCGGUCUUCUACGCCAUGCCUCUGACUACUCCUUCUCUACCAGCUCCCACUGAAUGGGAAACCUACGAGCAAAUUCUCUUCAAGGAAGCUGUUGAAUCCAUCUACCGCGAUCCCUAUACUUUGACCAGAUUGCGAGCAACCAGUAUGUUGAUUUACUUUCUUCCAAACUCAUUUUUUAGAAAAAAUUAAGUGAUUUCAACCUUUUUAUGGUUUUUAGUUGUUAAAAGAACUUUUUUUUACAUGCUCAAGGGAAUAUAUUUUUUUCUCUCAAAUUUCUUUUUCUGAUUUUCGUAUUUCAAAAAUUCUUCAUUACAGUGACGAAGGCGCAGCGCCAGAUGUUUGACAACUUGGUGUUUUCGUUUGAAGAGCAAUCUUUCUCAAAUGGUAAGUCUAUUUUUAUUCUAAAGUUCGCCUUUUUGUUCUGUAAACAAAUCGUUAUACUUUCAGAUUCAUCGGACCACAUCUUCCAUCCGAUUCCUCCCAGGAGAUCAUCAUCUUAUUCUUCGCCGGAUCGGAACAAUAAUCGCAGGCCGAACACUCGUGAUCGUCAUAACAGCGAAACGACUGUGAGUUUAAAGUUUACACGCCUCGAAAUGUUUUACAAAACGACGAAAUUUCAGCUCUCAAUGGUUGUUCUUUUAUUGUUAGUAUCAUAAUUUCAGUGUGGCUACUGCAAACAACUCGGCAGGUCGGAUUGGAACACCCAUAACCGCUUCGACUGCAGACAGCUGCAGAGUCUGCCUCCUUGCCGGAUUUGCGGAGCCAAAGACCAGGACAACCACACGGAGACGUGAGUUUUAUAGUCUUUUUUUCAUUAACAUUAUAUUGAUUUUUUUACGGUUAGGAGACUCAACUUUGUCUUAGGAAGAAAAAAAAACACCUAGAAAUUACUUACCUAAACUAACGUAGACAAGUUUUAAGACCAGUGAAGAAAGGAAAGGACAAGAGCCCUCUGAAGGUUUAAUCGAAAUACUUUGUUACAGUUACUGCCCGGAACAGAUCCCGACCGAGCUGGUCUUGAGAGAGGAAUUCGCCAAACUCGGCUUGGACAAGCAGCGGAAGCGCGAAAUUCGCGAGCAAAUCUCGGAGAUCAACCAGCAAAUGUACGAAAAACUUGCCCAACGCUGGAAGCUACGCCUAUAA